AUGGUGCACGUUUACUCAUUGAUGUCCUUAGCCGGUGCGAUAUUGAUAGCGUCGUCUUGUUACGCGUUCAUCUCGUUACGUUCGGCGCCUGCAGUAAACAUUCCCCCUGCCUGGAACGUUGUGCCGUUUCUGGAAACCGAACAUAAGGCCACUGCUGAUCAAUCUUCAAGCGUGAACAUGCAGGAGAUGAACGUUGACAAGGUGUCGCAGACCUCUGAUGUAAAGAAAUCGACACAGGCUGCUGAACAUACUGUUCCUCAGGACAGUAUACGCGAUAAAAGAGACUUCGUUCUGGAAAGCAUGGAGAAAGAUACGAAUGUCAUUCUCCUUUUAGUAGCGGAAUCUGGUCGAACAGACUUAUGGAAAGACUUCAAGGCAACGCACUCAUUUCCGGUCGAGGGAUUCCUCCAGAGCUGCCAUAGCACUAAAAUAGAAGGUGAACGGUUUUCCUUGGGCGAUGCAUUAAUUUCCGAUAAUAAGGACACGGAAUGUAAUUGCGAUCACUACCUAAAAUCGAAUGUUGCUGCACUAUUGAUGUGGGCACGAGAUGUUAAGGGAAUGGCAACAGGCACGUUAUUAAACUCAAAUUUCACGAUUCCAUCAUUGUUCGGAUAUGAGGAACCACCUAGCGUACCAGAACUCGAUGAGUUGGAUGGGAACACGAAACUGAACGUGCGCAAAGCUAAAUCCGAAAUUCGCCCUGAUUGGUAUCUGAUCGACUUGGGAAAACCAGCCAACCGUGCUUCAUCGAUGAUGUUUGCACCAAAUAUUCGAGAAGACGACGAUUCCGCAUGGAAUGUUUUCGAUAUGUUCUCCAGAAUAAGAAUGGCCCUGUUCCGCUCUCUCCUCGAGUCCCUUGGCGGAAACGCUGGUGCUUCAGAGGACCCCGGUACCUUUGGCAGAUCGCAUCGUAUGCCAUCUAAUUUGGCUGAUAUAGUUAGGGAACUCAAGUCUAUUCAAAACCAGAAAGGCUUCAUAUUGGUCGCUGCAACGCCUGCGAGCGAACUCAAUUCCGUUAUGGAAACUCUACAACGAGAGGUAUCGGAAGAUGUGCUCGUGGCGAUAACCGGAGUCUGCACACACGACGCGAAACCGAUACCAUUCUUCGCGUCAGGACCGGGUGCCAAAAUGCUUCACGUUGCGAUAACUGUUUGGGAUCUCCCUACAACUAUUAGAAACAUCCUGGCGACUGGGUGCAAGGAUCCUAGUUGCAGGGUACGUCAACACGAGCUUGCACCACUUUCGAUUGCUGAGCACAAGGUUACAUCCCAGGAAGAAACUGUUUUCAAGAGACCGUCGCGAGACACAGCUGAAAAAACAGAUCCCGAGACUAAAAAGGCUAGAAAUUCGAACGAAAAGAAGGAAAUAAAGGACGAAGCGAAAGGAACACCAUCGAAUAUUAGAGGAGGCGCGAUCUCUGCUAUAGAAGCAACGAAGUUCACUGCGAUUUUCGGCACAAUUGCAUCAACGCUUGUUACGUUCAUCCUUGCUUCCUAA